AUGGCAACGCCAGCGCGGCAGCCCUUAUGCUCCUCAACACGCAUCUGUGAAGAAACGCCGGAAAAGGUUACACGGGCGACAAAAUGCCCCAAGCAGACAGACUCAAAGAAGCGUGCGAAGGAUUCCGAGCAGCCUGACGAGGAGCUGAAGCUUCCGGAGCCGGAAGCGUCAGGGAAAGGCGCAGGAGCCAAGAAGUGCGAUGAGGUUCUCAAGCUGACGAUACAAGAGGGUCCCGAAGGGCCGACGUUCCAGAUGGAUGGCCAGAGCUACCUUGUGACGGACGUGGCAGCAUUGCUCGAGUUGGGGACGGUGGUUACCUCCAGCAGCACGAAGCGGAGCCUUGCGAGUUUCAGGAGACAUCGAGCCCAAGGCAAGAAGCCAGAGGAUGCUGAUGGUCACAUGGUUGAGUGA